CAGGCCAAUCGCGCUGCUGCCGGGGGAUGACGCAAGCUGCGCUUGUGCAUGCGCAGGGCGGGGAGACCUUGACGAAGUGGUGGAGUCGCUUAGCCGAGGUGAAAGCGUUGCCGGAAAGAAAGAUACAGCGGAAAAUGCAGAGCUGGAGUCGUGUGUACUGGUCCUUGGCCAAGAGGGGCCAUUUCAAUCGAAUAUCUCAUGGCCUACAGGGACUUUCUGCAGUGCCUCUGAGAAGUUACGCAGAUCAGUCAAUUGAUGCUGAUGUAACAGUUAUAGGUUCUGGUCCUGGAGGAUAUGUUGCUGCUAUUAAAGCUGCCCAGUUAGGUUUCAAGACAGUCUGCGUUGAGAAAAAUGAAACACUUGGUGGAACAUGCUUGAAUGUUGGUUGUAUUCCAUCUAAGGCUUUAUUGAAUAACUCUCAUUAUUACCAUAUGGCCCAUGGAAAAGAUUUUGCAUCUAGAGGAAUUGAAAUGUCUGAAGUUCGCUUGAAUUUAGAGAAGAUGAUGGAGCAGAAGAGUACUGCAGUAAAAGCUUUAACAGGUGGAAUUGCCCACUUAUUCAAACAGAAUAAGGUUGUUCACGUCAAUGGAUAUGGAAAGAUAACUGGCAAAAAUCAGGUCACUGCUGCGAAAGCCGAUGGCGGCACUCAGGUUAUUGAUACAAAGAACAUUCUCAUAGCUACAGGUUCAGAAGUUACUCCUUUUCCUGGAAUCACGAUUGAUGAAGAUACAAUAGUGUCAUCUACAGGUGCUUUAUCUUUAAAAAAAGUUCCAGAAAAGAUGGUUGUUAUUGGUGCAGGUGUAAUAGGUGUAGAAUUGGGUUCAGUUUGGCAAAGACUUGGUGCAGAUGUGACAGCAGUUGAAUUUUUGGGUCAUGUAGGUGGAGUUGGAAUUGACAUGGAGAUAUCUAAAAACUUUCAACGCAUCCUUCAAAAACAGGGGUUUAAAUUUAAGUUGAAUACAAAGGUUACUGGUGCUACCAAGAAGUCAGAUGGAAACAUUGAUGUUUCUAUUGAAGCUGCGUCUGGUGGUAAAGCUGAAGUUAUCACUUGUGAUGUACUCUUGGUUUGCAUUGGCCGACGACCCUUUACUCAGAAUUUGGGACUAGAAGAGCUUGGAAUUGAACUAGAUCCCAGAGGUAGAAUUCCAGUCAAUUCCAGAUUCCAAACUAAAAUUCCAAAUAUCUAUGCCAUUGGUGAUGUGGUUGCUGGUCCAAUGCUGGCUCACAAAGCAGAGGAUGAAGGCAUUAUCUGUGUUGAAGGAAUGGCUGGUGGUGCUGUGCACAUCGACUAUAAUUGUGUGCCAUCGGUGAUUUACACACACCCUGAAGUUGCUUGGGUUGGCAAAUCAGAAGAGCAGUUGAAAGAAGAGGGAAUUGAGUACAAAGUUGGGAAAUUCCCAUUUGCUGCUAACAGCAGAGCUAAGACAAAUGCUGACACAGAUGGCAUGGUGAAGAUUCUUGGGCAGAAAUCAACAGACAGAGUACUAGGAGCACAUAUUCUUGGACCAGGUGCUGGAGAAAUGGUAAAUGAAGCUGCUCUUGCUUUGGAAUAUGGAGCAUCCUGUGAAGAUAUAGCUAGAGUCUGUCAUGCACAUCCGACCUUAUCAGAAGCAUUUAGAGAAGCAAACCUGGCUGCAUCAUUUGGCAAACCAAUCAACUUUUAAAUUAGAAGACUAUAUAUAUUUUUUCUGAAAUUUCCUGGGAGCUAUCUUGUAAAGGUCACAUUUCUGAACAGGAUAUGCUCACAGCUCCAGGAAUUCCUGGGACUGAAAUAUGAAUCUUUUUUGGAAGGUAUUUAAUAGGUUUGGACAGAAUGGAUAGUCUCCUAUCUAUAUUUUACAUAAACUUAAUAUUUUUUUCCAGUGUAUUAAUACGCAGGACAGAAAGCUACUUAUAGUAGCAUCCUGGAAAAUCUUCAUCAACCCAUAUUUUCAUGCUGUUUAUGAAAGGUUCAACAUCACUGAAUUUGUUAAGCAGCUUUUAUCAAUGAUAACAGAAAAGUUGAAUUUACUUUUACAUGGAUGGAGCUGGAGCAUGGAUGGAGUAUGGUAUGGGAACAGUUGUGUUUGAAAUAAGGUGAUCAAGAUAUUUUUAAUUUGGUUUUCAUAUUGGAAACAAGUCAGUCAUUUCAACAAGAUUCAAAUAUGUAUAAACUUAAGUAAUGUAAA